AUGUCCAACAGCAGCUCCAUCACCCAGUUCCUCCUCCUGGCAUUCGCAGACACGCGGGAGCUGCAGCUCUUGCACUUCUGCCUCUUCCUGGGCAUCUACCUGGCUGCCCUCCUGGGCAAUGGCCUCAUCAUCACCGCCAUAGCCUGCGACCACCACCUCCACACCCCCAUGUACUUCUUCCUCCUCAACCUCUCCUUCAUCGACCUGGGCUUCGUCUCCACCACUCUCCCCAAAGCCAUGGCCAAUUCCCUCUGGGACACCAGGGCCAUCUCCUUUGCAGGAUGUGCUGCCCAAGUCUUUUUUGUUUUAUUUUUGAUGUCAGCAGAAUUUUUUCUUCUCACUGUCAUGGCCUUCGACCGCUACAUUGCCAUCUGCAAACCCCUGCACUAUGGGACCCCCCCCUCCAUCUCCUCUGCAGCUCUGGAUUCAGUGAUGGCAAUGCUGUACUCGGUGGUGACCCCAGCCUUGAACCCCCUCAUCUACAGCAUGAGGAACCGGGACCUCAAGGAUGCCAUGAAGAAAAGCCCCCAGACCAAGAGACAGAAAAUGUCCAACAGCAGCUCCAUCACCCAGUUCCUCCUCCUGGCCUUCACAGACACGCGGGAGCUGCAGCUCUUGCACUUCUGCCUCUUCCUGGGCAUCUACCUGGCUGCCCUCCUGGGCAAUGGCCUCAUCAUCACCGCCAUAGUCUGUGACCACCACCUCCACAGCCCCAUGUACUUCUUCCUCCUCAACCUCUCCCUCCUCGACCUGGGCUCCAUCUCCACCACUGUCCCCAAAGCCAUGGCCAAUUCCCUCUGGGACACCAGGGCCAUCUCCUACUCAGGAUGUGCUGCCCAGGUCUUUUUCUUUCUGUUCUUUAUUGUAGGGGAGUAUUGUCUUCUCACCAUCAUGGCCUAUGACCGCUACAUUGCCAUCUGCAAACCCCUGCACUAUGGGACCCUCCUGGGCAGCAGAGCUUGUGUCCACAUGGCAGCAGCUGCCUGGGGCAGUGGGUUGCUCUACGCUGUGCUGCACACAGCCAAUACAUUUUCACUACCACUCUGCCAAGGCAAUGCUGUAAAUCAGUUCUUCUGUGAAGUUCCCCAGAACCUCAAGCUCUCCUGCUCAGACACCUACCUCAGGGAAGUUGGGCUUCUUGUGGUUAGCGCUUUUUUUGGUUUUGGGUGUUUUGUUUUCAUUGUUCUGUCCUAUGUGCAGAUCUUGAGGGCUGUGCUGAGGAUCCCCUCUGAGCAGGGACGGCACAAAGCCUUUUCCACGUGCCUCCCUCACCUGGCCGUGGUCUCCCUGUUUUUCAGCACUGCAGUAUUUGCCUACCUGAAGCCCCCCUCCAUCUCCUCCCCAUCCCUGGACCUUGUGAUGGCGGUUCUGUACUCGGUGAUGCCUCCGGCAGUGAACCCCCUCAUCUACAGCAUGAGGAACCAGGAGCUGAAGGAGGCCCUAAGGAAACUGAUGCAAUGGACAUUUCUCCAUCAACAAUAA